CACAGUGGAGGAGGAGGGGGGGAUUGUGGGAGAUUAAGGGAGCUCUUUGCUGUUUGUUAUACACUGCAAAGCACCGCGGGAUGUUUGCUGAGCGGCACUCUCAUUUGGGACGAGGAGAAAAACCGGCAGGGGGACCUUAAACUUGGCUGAGGAGAAAGGCGAGAUCAGUGUAUUAUUCCUUGAGCGCCUCGGGAGGAGGAUCCGGGAAGAAGAUAAGGAUUAGACAGCACUGGUGUGGGUAUCCAUUCUUAGGAUACAACUUGGAAAUAGAAAGAGAAGAAAAAAAAACGCAGGAAAGUUGUGGAGCCUCGCGUUGCCGCUAAGCAGUUUAUUUUGGAUUUGUGGCUUGGAAGAGUUUUUUUUUAAUCAUUUUUUGGAGGGGAGAAUGGGAUUAACUAAGUGAACCACUUGUCCAGAUGUGGAAUGAACUUUUUCAUUUUUAAAUCUUUAUUUUUUUUUUUAAAGCAGACCUAGCAGUCUUCAGAUUCAUCCAGUGGGAAAUCUGUUUGGGCUGAUGAUGGUCAUCUUCAAGACACUUGUUAGCAACUGAGAAGAAACAUCUGUUUAAGGGGGAGCCAGAGGGUUUAAGAAACCUUGAAUGUUGAACUGAUGUCUACAAACAUGACCUGUGGGCUGUAUCCAGGCCUCUUCCUGCUGCUGCUCUGCCUCCUCCAUGACUCUGAGGAGACAUGUCCAUCCAUGUGCCUCUGUAUAUCUGAUACAGCGAGCUGCAGCUCCGGCGGUCUGUCCAGGCUGCCUCUGUCCCUGCCCUCCUUCUUUGUCACCCUUGACCUCAGCCACAACCACCUGUCCUGGCUGGGUCCCGGCAGCUUCCAGAGGAUGCCCAGACUGGAAAACCUCCGGCUGGCCCACAAUCAAAUCAGCACCGUGAGUCAUGACGCGUUUCGCAACGCCUCUGGCCUCAGACACCUGGACCUGUCCUCCAACAAGCUGCGUAUGAUAGAGCAGCACUACUUCCAGGGACUGUGGAGGCUAGAGGAGCUCCUUCUCUUCAAUAAUAGGAUCGCACAGGUAGAAGCCGGAACGCUGAAUGGCCUGAGCAGUUUAAAAAAGGCCUACUUCAGCUUCAACCAGAUCACACACUUCCCAUUCUUCUCCAUCCAAGAUCAUAGUCAUCCGUUCCUGACCAUGCUCGACCUUUCAUCCAACCGCAUGUCUCAUCUGCCAUGGGAGGACAUGAAAACUUUGCCUGGGUUGGUGCAGCGGGGUCUGUAUCUCCACAACAACUCACUGAUCUGUGACUGCUCCAUGUACAGUGUGUUUUGGCACUGGAAUCUGAGGGGCUACGACUCACUGAGGGAUUUCACGGAUGAGCUUACCUGUUUCAUAUAUGGCGAGCCACGAGCAGCGAUCCGGUUUCUGCGAUACAACCGCUUCUUCCACAACUGCACUGUGGAGAAAGCAGUCUUGCAGCCUGUGACGGUUCUGCUGUCCAAUGUGCUGGUUUCAGAGGGAGAAAGAGUGCGUCUGGACUGCCAAACAUCCCUGAAUAGCACAGACCUCUCAUUUACAUGGUUCUCCCACAGCAAGGGGUACAUCACCCAGAGCAGCAUAAAUGACACACUAAUUAGCUUGUUUCCUAAUGGUACCUUGGAGAUUGAAGAAACCAAGGUCAAUGACUCCGGUCUGUACGUGUGCACAGCUGUGGAUAUUAAACAGGCCCUGAAUGCAACUCGGGAGGUGAAUGUGACGGUGCUCCUGCCUGCAGCGGAGUCAUUCAACACUGGCUAUACCACAUUGCUCGGCUGUGUGGUGACCCUGGUCCUAAUCUCCAUGUACCUUUUCCUGACUCCAUGUCGCUGCAACGGCUGCAAACAGUCAAACCCUGCAGUUAUCCCCAUCGCAACCUGUGACCCCAGCACCCUGUCUUCUGUUUUCUCAUGCACCACAAGAGACCAGUCCAAAAUCCACACUAAUAAGCACGUAGUGUUCACGGAGCCGAUGAUGAUGGAAGAAGGAACAGAAUGGACUUCAGAAAGUUGAAAAACUGUUUUUUUCUUCAUCUUGUCUUUUUAUUUUCUCAAGUGGAAACAGAAAACCUCUGGACAAAUGAAACCUCCUCACUCAGGAAGUAAUGGAUUUUAUUCAAGUAUUAAUGCUGAAAAGGAAAAAAAAUGAACUCCAUGUCUCUUUCCCGACUGCCAGCUGCAGUCAAAAGGCAUUCUGAGCAAAAAAGUAAUAUCUGAUGCUUUUCUGUCAUACGGCCAGGUAGUUGAAAUGAAAGUUUCAGCUUUAGUUUAUUACCCUCAGCAUGCUGACACUGCCCAAUCACAGCAGAGCCAUUAUCUGCCCUAAAAAUCAGCCAAUAACUUCUCUGUGUACUCAGGUACAGCACCAGGGGGGAUAUUUCUUAUGGGAUCAGAGAAUGAUUCUGGCUCACUUUCCACAGAAAAACUUUAAAGCUUACACAGUAGCACUGCAGGUGAAUGACUGUACAGACUGCAGAAAGUCAUUUCAGUUUAUGUAUCUUAGUCAAGUUGAGGUGCUCCAUAAUUAGUGUGGUAGAGCUGAAGAUGAAUUUAAAUAUGCAGCCCUCUUCUAUUGUAAUAUGUAGUUUGAAAAUGAGGCACCUAAAACUUCAUCCAUCGCCUGAAAACUUCAAUCCCGACCAAGAAUUCAAUCCCUUUAGAUCAACAUUCUAUACUGAUGUACUUUCAGUUUUGAAAGCAAUUAUUUUAUCAUUUCCACUGAUGCCUGCAAACGCAAACAGUCUCACAUAAACCUGUUGCAUUAUCUGGCAAAUAGUGAAGUGCAGAAAUCAGGAGUGUCAACAAACCACAAACCAAACAGCAAUUGGAAUGCUCUUCAAAGACAGCAUCUCUUUGACCAAAUACAGCAGAGCACUUUUGAACACCACGGAUCAAACACAGCCACUAAAUUUGUACUGAGGUGACAAAUUCUGCAAGCAGCUAUGACGCAAACCCUGCAGGGGGCAGAUGUUGUAUAGCUUUGUUUGCUCCAUUUGUUUUCUUUUUACUUAAAUUCGGCGUAACAAGCUUCAAAUGGCAGAAUUACAUACUGGAACAACAGAGAUGAAAGGCACUGAAGAAGGACCAGCAUGAUAUGGCGAGUGGUUUUAAUGUUUAUUUCCUGAGUUUCACUAUCUACAGUUACAGAUGUCAACAAUGUCGUUUUGACUAGCUGUAAUUACACUGCCUGUAUUUUUAUUCAAGAUCUCUAUCACUGGGGAAAAUUACAGUUAAAGAUCUCGGUAAUUCAGUUGUGACUUGUCAAAAUAAUAGCUGCAGAUAUCUCAAAUGUCAUUAUGACGAGUUCGAAUUGUUGUGCAUGUGAAGUUUCCCAUUGGAUCUUGGUCCAGCGACGCAUUUAAGUAGUGAUCACAGAAGUAAUAAUGGUAGCUGUGAUGGAGGGAAAACGCCAUGAAAUCAAAAGACCUUAUCAAUGAGGAAUUUGUAAAGAAAAGGAGCUUGGUUGUUUAUAGAUUUGUGGUUGAAAUAUACUCAAGCUCUGGCCUCGGGCUGCUCUAACAUGGCAGUAAAACAGUUUGACGUAUACAGUUACAAUGCCAAUAGCAUGUUUAAAAAGCGAGCUGCUUCCGCCUCCCACUUGAUGUAGCUUCUGACAUAACAACAGAUAUGUGCAGCAUAAUUUUGCUAAGGGAAAUCUCUAAAUCAAGAUAUCUGUAUUUACAUUUUGACUACACAGAAUUCCCCCACGUUGUUCUGACUAGUUCAAGCUUAACUGAAGAUAUCCAAAAAGGACAGUUUUGAAGGGACAUUAAAUACAUCUUGAAAUAGCAUUAUGACAAGUCAGAAUCAAACUAUAGAUGUCAGAAACUGGAAUUACAACUAGGCACAUUUCAGCUGCAGAUAUCAGAAGUUUGCAUUGGUAAAAGUGACAUUGCACAUAUUUAAAAUGUUCAUUUUUGACCAGGAAGAGCUGAGUUAUGGAUAUCUACAAUACAUGACCAGUCUAGCUAUUAAAACUUAAACCUGCACUGCCAUGAGGAGGUUGAGAGCAUUACGAUGAAAGUCCAAAGAGAGCAUAUGGGUGGUCAAGGAUGAAGGGAUAUUAAACCUGAUGAGACAAACAAUAACCUCAAAAGAAACAAAUCAAUUUCCUUGAAUUCAAAGCAUCUUCAGUGUUUUGAGGUUGUAACUUAAUCUUAAUGCAGACACUGGAUGGGCCUAUGGAUUGCAUCGAGAUUGAAUAGGAUUAGAUGUAAUCCCUCACAUAAUGUCACAGAGAAGUCGUCGGUAACUGCACAUCUGACAAAGCAGUGCAUGCUUAUGGUGUAGGGGCCUUUGAUUACUUGUAAAUCCUUAAUUUAAACUUGACUCCUUUAAAACCAGAGGAGACUAAUAUUGCUGUGCAACUUGAAUGUGAAUUCAAACACACACAAUUACAAAAAGAAGGGAAAUCUGGAAUCAAAUGGGCAACUGUGCAUGAAAGUGGAACGAGUGGUUCUUUUACUUUUAAACUCUCAGGGAUUACACAAAAGCCUGUGAGACUAAAAGAGAACUGUAUUGUAAUGCACCAGUCUUUUUCAAUCACACUGUUGCUGACUUGGUUUGUUUCAAAAAUUUCAAAUGUUUCCUCGGUGGGAAGCAACAUGAACUCCUGAACAACGAAUUACAUAACAUGCUAUGUGCCUGUGUGAUAUAACGUCUUGUAUUAAGAGUCUGACCCGUUGUUUUUCAGAGGCUCCGCAGUGGAAGCAUUAAACAGUGUGAUGAGUUGAGGUUAAGGUUUCAGGAGAUUAACACAAGGAUAAAAACCAGGUGCUUUGUCAAUUUCUGUAUUUCUAAAUCCCUCUAAUCUGGUUCCACUCUCUGACACAGCGCACAUAGCUGGGUAAGGUUUUAUUGUUUCCGAUAUGAUUAGCAGACACGUUAAAUCAUAGAGGACAUGAUGUGAGUAGCUCACGGAUGGGCUUUUUGUUUCACAAAAGGGCCCACAGAUGACCUCUAGUUAUGUAAUCUCAGUGCUGAUUUAGGCAGAACGUCAGAGUUAGGAUGAGUGAAGUUAGAACCCUGAUGUCAUUUGGGAUCCAGCAUUUUAUUUUAACCUUGUGACAGCAAGUACUUAACUGAUAAUGGGAGGCCUCGGUGCAUUUGGGAAAAAAACAAAAUACAAAAAGGUAUAAAAGCACUCAGUAAAGGAUCAUUUUGCUCUAUUAAAGCAAUGCACAUUUUUGUAGUUCAUUUUAAACACACAAGGCAGUAAACAGACAGAUUUAUUUGCUAUAAUUAGGACCCUCGUAAUUUGUGCUGUUUCACUUGUACUAACAUUACACAUUGAUAGAUUGUUCUAAUGAUUACAUGGUAAAAUAAAAAUCCAAUUUCAAUCUACACAGAGAGGUGCAAGUCUAUAUGAUUUAGUUUGGCUGUUUUCUGACAAUUAUCUUAAAUUACCCAGAUGUAAGGGAAGCACCCCUUGAUGCUUGAAAAGAGGCCCCUCGCCAAACCAAAGCAAAACACUCCAUCAGGCUUCAAUUAAAACAUGCACUUCCCUUCCCAGAUUAAUUGUUUUUCCUAGUUAGGCUGGGCUCCCAGGGAUUCGAAAUCAUCUUAGUCAAGAAUCUAAUUACUGUGAAAAAAGGAGUUUUCCUCUGAAUGGAACCAGUUGAAUUGCUUUCGCUUGUUGAAGAGAGCCUUGACUGUCAACACAGGCUAUUACUGAACUGUCAAAACAGUCAUCAGGCAAGAGUGGAGGCAUCCAGCUGUGUCAGAUAUGUACACAUCUCUCAGAUGCUUUGACACCCACAUACACAAGCACAACAGGGGCCUAGUGUCACCUUAAAUCCUCAUUUUAUUCUAAGUUGACAAUUUACUUUGAACAUGUGCUUGAGAGUGUACAAAGUAUUCCUUUCAGAACAGUCCACCAGCAGCCUUUGCUAUAGAGGAGAUCUUUUUUAGGAGGUGGGUCGGUUGCUUCCAAAAAAAGAUUAAAACAGAUGCAGGCUGCUACACCAUGCUGUUUAUCAUACCUCUGCACUGAGUAUGAAUGCAGGCUGCGGUCUGUGUUUUCAAAGCAGAAUAAAGCAGCAGAAUGGCCGACAUGUCAUCAGGAAUCCGGUCUCAUUGUGGGGAACAUAGCACAGAAAUACCUCCUUAAUCAAAUCUGUAGCUGAGCCAAGCGCAUUUCAUUGUAAAGAAAUAAAUGAGUAUAUGCAGUGAUCUUCCCUGAUGUAAGCUAUUCAGCAGGCUGGGAGCAGUCUCCUGGUGCACCAUCUCUCUGGGGCCGUUAUGGGCUUUAGUAAGUGGAAUUUAGUUGGAUAAUAUAGGAUUUGACAAGCACAAUGACUCAAAGUAUUUUAAGUUUUAUAUUGUGGCCCAUGACCACUUUCUUCUUCUUCUUCUUUUUUUUUUUUACAGCAUCCUCUUGUCUUUUUAUGUUUCCUCAGUGUUCGGUUCUCGUAAUUCCUUCCUCUGGCUUUAUUGUCUCAUGUUGUACUGAUGGUUCCUUUGUCAUUAGAUGUCACACUUGAACAAUGAACUUUGAUGGAAUCUGGCUUUAUUAUUUCUAUUAAAAAGACCUUUAGUGUCACAGACAGAGAGGAUAGCCCAUCUACAGCAUGCUAUAGUGUCAGCAGUGGCAGAUACUCUACAAUGUGCUACACUGGCUCUGGAGAUUGCAGUGUUGGUCUGGCUCCCAAUUUGAUCCGGGCUGAAAUAUCUCAGCAGCUAUUACACAGAUUGCCAUUAAAUUUUGUACAGUCAUUCGCAGAACCCAAAGGAUGAAACCUUUUAGCUGCGGAGAUACUGAGUGAAAGAUGUCAGCAAAUAUUGAAUGAACUGCUUUGAUGUCUUCCUCGAAAUUAAUUGUAAUAGCUUUGUUAAUCCCCUGACUUGCCAUCAUGCACCAACCCUGGUGUACAUUUUUUUAUUUGGUUUGUGACCCCAUUUCUGCAAAAUUGAUGACAUUCAGGUUCCACUGUACCUCAUAUGUCAUGCUAAUUAGCAAAUUACAGAAUGGUGAACGUGGUAAAUAUUUUACCUGCUGAUCAUCUGCAUGUUAGCUGUACCACUGUCUGCAUGUUAACAUACAGAUCAAAGCUCUGCCGUGUCUAAGUACAGCCUCACAUAGCUGCAUGCAUGGCUCUCGUAUCACCAUGUUAAUCGCAUUACUAAUAUUAAUACAGAUAUCAGUCGCUUGCAUAGUCUCAUAAAACAUUAAUGGAUUAUGCCUUUUUCCUGUGCCACUAUCUGCACAUUUUGUCAAUCACUUCUACUGUUUUGUGUGUCCAACAACACUACACAGUCUGGCCUGCAUUGGGGCUUCAUGAAAGCUGCCGUUAAGCUACAUUACCUCUCCGUGGUCAAGCCCCAUCCUGAGGCAAUGUUGCCUUUUCAGCUGCAAAGUAAAGCUAAAAAAAAAAAAAAAGUGAGAAAAUGGAAACUAGAGGAUUUCCAUAAUCUGAGGUGUUGAGACACAUAACAGGAGAAGUGAUGCUUGUGUGCUGUUACAUGAAUACAAGAGCAGAGUCAUGGUUCACUCUGGCCUAAAGCCUCACAUCCUUCUGAGGCACUUCUUCAUGUAACACCAGAACUCGGGUAACUCCACAGCUCACCAGUCUCAUCUGAUCAACAGUUUUUUAACUGUGCAAAAACAAACAUGUUGUUUCUUGACCCCGAUGUUACUUCCCCUGUAUGUCCUAAUCCAAUAAAACUGGUUUCUAUUCUAAAAACUGAGUUAAAUGAGUAUAUUAUGUGCAAAAUGGAUACUUGUAGUCCAUGUUUAACCCUUUGAUGCGCAACAUGGGUCAACAGAUACCCAUUUUCCAUUGAACAUGGGUCACUUUUGACCUAUGCCUUCUAUUGAAUAAUUACUGCAGUGACGAAUAUGUUUUAAUUGACAACAACUUAUUCAACCCUAGCUGAUGCAGUGAGGAGCUUCUCAUUUCUUAAACAACUAUGGUGGAAGACAUAUCCUGAGGUAGUAGAUAGGAUGUUAUUGUGUCUCAGAAGGGUCAAAUUAUUGACUUGCAUCAAGCAAAGAAAACAACUAAGGAGAUCUCUGAAACUACUAAAAUCAGGUUAAUAGUCAUCCAACGCAUUAUAAAAACCAGCAGGAUAGUGGGGAAGAAAUGUGGUCGGUCAUGUGGUGUGAUGAGUCCAGAUUUACCCUGUUCCAAAGUGAUGGGUGCAUCACAGUAAGAAGAGAGGCAGAUGAAGUGAUGCAUUCAUCAUGACAAGUGCCUACAAGUCUGUGGGGGUUGAUCAGGUUCAGCAGCGUUAUGUUCCCAAAGAAUGAGGUCAGCUGACUACCUGAAUGUACCGAAUGACCACGGGAGUUUUUCUUCCCUGAUGGUUAGGGUUAUGUUCCAAGAUGACAAUGCCAGGAUUCAUGGGGCUCACAUUGUGAAUGAGUGGUGAGACAUCAUUUUCACACAUGGAUUGGCCUCCACAGAGUCCAGACCUCAGUCCCAUUGAGAAUGUUUGGGAUGUGCUGGAGAAUACUUUGCACAGUGGUCUGACUCUCCCAUCAUCAAUACAAGAUCUUAGCAGAAAAUUAAUCCAACUCUGGACAGAAAUAAAUGCUGUGACUUUGCAGAAGCUUACCGAAACAAUGCCACGGCGAAUGUGUGCCGUUCUCAAAGCUAAAGGUGGUCCAACGAAAUAUUAGAGUGUGUGGCUUUUUUUGGACGGGCAGUGUAUUUGAAUUAGAAUCUAAAAUCAGCUACACAUACAAAUUACCACAUUAAGCCAUAUAAAACAAUGUAUUAGUAAUAAAAAGGAUAAAUCUGUCCAUCAACCAUUAAUGGCAGGAACUCCAGUAACUACUUCAGUUUAAAUUGAAACGCUCAUAUUGCAGAAACAAAAACACAAAUAACAACACAACUUAUCAUUUGAAACUAAACACUUGUAAUUUGCUUGGCCUUUGUCAAAGUACUCGACUUCUAUUUGUAGCAAGUGAACAUUUGUGUGGUCAGCAUUGUUUGAAGUUGUACUAACCUUUUUGUAGUUUUAGCAGGUGGGGUGUGGUCAUCUGACUGGCUUCAGGAAAAAGAUGGCAACAAGGAAGUACCAGGCUUUUACACCUGAGCUGCCAUUCAGACCAUACCAAGUGCUGCCACUUGAAGGGGUGCACCAGGUUUAUUUGAUUUAAAUAUGACUUUUUUCUUUCAAUUUGUGUUGGAUCAUUUGAUAUAUUUAGUUUUUUAAAAUUAUUAUUAUUCUUUUGAUUAAGCAGGCCAAUUGUACUGGUUUGUGCUUUUUGUUGGUGUAGAUGUAGAUGUUUUAUGUUUUACCUAUUUUGUGUAAUUGGUUUGAUCAGCCAGUAUUCCAUAUUCUAUUAGAUACUUCAACCUUUUUAAGUACAUUUUGCAAAUCAUAUUUCUGUACUUUAGCAACAGUUUAGAUGUGGUAUUUUUACAUGUAAUGGAGUAUUUUAAUAAUGUUUUUACUAGUAUGGCAUUGCUACUUUAACUUAAGAUCUGAACUGAUACUGAAUAGGUUCUUCAUUCAAAGAAGUACUGAAGCAUUAUCAGCAAAAUAGCAAAAGUAAAAACACUCACUCUGCAGAAAAAUGGUCCCUCUGACCGACAUAUUAAUUAUGACAUUAUCAAACCGUUAAUACUGAUGCAUGAAUGCAUAAAUGGCAUUUGGUAGUUGACACACACGGUUUGGUAGUUUUAUCUGAUGAAUCUGAGGUACUGAGAGAUGAUUAAUGAGUUGGCAAAGUUAAUCUACACAAGAUUAAGUUCAUUUUUUUUGGACUCUUCUUGAAUCUUUGGUGCAGUAAUUUAAAUAGAAACCAUCUGACAAUUUUAGAGGGGAAAGGUGUCUUUGAUGGAACUCAACUCAUAGACAUCAGAAAUGUGACACCAAGCAGACAGUAGUAGAGUCCUAAGCUCAUUUUAUGUUUUUUUUAUGAGAAAACUGAAAAGUAAUUGCAGUUGUGAGAUUAAUGUUGUGAAUUUAGUAUGAGUUUAAAUGGGAAUAAAAUGGAAAUGCUUUAGUAGAGUAAACCAAAUUUGUACUGAAGCACACUUCCUUACUAAAUGUACUUGGUCUAAUGAGAAACUUAGAGAAUUUUAAUGAAAUGUGUGGUUAACUGCAGGUUUUUAGCAUCAUUCAGCCAACUUUUCAUCUGUGGUUCACUCUCACUGUUCCAUUAAGCUCAUUUCAAAUGGGAAAGCCCUAAGAAAGUCAUUUUACCCGCUACCUAUGCAGUACCUGAUGGGACAAGAAGUUAAAAGGUGAGUGUUGUGUUAACUUGGCCAAAAACAAUCUGUUGUAUAGGUUCGUCUUUUCACAAAAGCUCUACAUUCCUGUUGUUUUUUUUUUGUUUUUUUUUUACAGACAUUCAUUCUAUAUUUAUAGAACAUACACAACACCAACUAGUAUAUCUGAAAAGUAUUCCUUAUGUUCACCAUAGACUGAACUUUUGUCUGGAUCUCAAUGCAUAAAAUUGUAUUUGUUGUGA